UCAGUCUGUCAGUCGUGUGCCGAGCAGUGACCAGACUGUCGGCAUCGUCACGCAACAGCAUCAGAGAUCGGAUCGAGGACACCAGGCCGCUCCGCUGAAAGCACCUGUGUCGAAGCCGCCUCAGAGUACACGCAGACCUGGCCGCCUGCCCGCAAACCGCAAGGCUGAGGCGCCGGCUGUGGAAGACACUGCCAUUGCGGCCGUCAUUGUCGGCGGCCAUGCCUUGCGCAAACGACCAAUAUCGCCAGAGCGCCCGGCAGAGACGGCCCAUAUGCAAAGUGCAGCCAAGGCUGCUACCAAGCCCAAGGCGCGUCGUAGGCGCCCCGUGCCGAGGGCUGCCACGCCAGCAAAUCAUCCAGCCUCUGCUACUGGUGCUGCAACCGCUCUGCCUACAAGGGUGUCGAAGCGGGCCAAGCGGGUAUAGCUUGUUAGCUAAAAAUCAAAUGUGCCGAUUUAUGCUGCUUAAUGCAAGAAACGCUGUAGACAUUAAGCUGACUGGCAUCGUUGAUUUCUUGGCUGCGAGCAAAUUUUCCAAGGGGAUUCCCGUGUAUCGCCGUGGUUGCCGUAAGCAAGACGACUGUUUGCUGGGCCAUGCCUUCCAGCACCUGCCUGACAUUUAUAAAGCAGCAACCGCCCUUGGAUGCGCAAGCUGCUUUCUGCAUAUCUCUCCCUACUACUUUGCUAACCUGUAUACUCUCAUGGACGGCUUUUUAAGUACUGUCGAGUCUCAAGGAUUCCCGCUCUCAGUCCUGGACACGCAAACAUCGUUCAGUAAUAUCCCUUACAUAUUCUUUUAUGAGAACUCCGAUGGAAGCCCUGACUUUAUGGACUCCGACGCUUUGCGCACUGCUUUCUACAAGACACUGGCAAAGUACCCGAUACUUGCAGGAUAUAUCCGCAUGGAUGGCCAUGGCCAAGCCAAGGUGGUGGUUGAUAAGGACGAUUUGAACAUGCCCGAGUACCUCGAGACAGCUGUCGACAAUAUCAGCUACAGCGCAAUAAAAGCAGCACAGUUCAGCGCCGACACGUGGCCAAGCGGGGUGGCCACUGUCGGCCCAAUUGCGCGCGCUGGAGCAGAUGGGAGCCUGAAGCUGCUGAAUGUGCAUGUCGUGAGACUAAAGAACAACAGCGGCGCGAUCCUGCUUGUCAACAUCCCACACUAUGUCGUUGAUGGGAUAGGAUUCUUUGGUUUUGUGAACCGCUGGGCUGAACUGACAAGAAAUCCUGAGGCUGACGUCCCUUCUCCCUGCUUCGACCGCUCAGAGAUUGAUAGUCACUUGUCCGAGGAGCGCCGCGAGCAAUGCGACUUCAUUCAAAAGCUGUAUACAACACCGACUAUACCUGCGACGUUUCUGGCCUGGCUGUCUCCAAACUCGCGUGGAAGGAUCCUGGACAAGGCAAUGAAUGUGGCUAGUGCUGAUGGGCAUACAUUCCUUGCUACUCGCCAAAAGCUCGAUGUGCUAGCGCCAGCAGGUUCUGAGACAUGUCUCCAGCGGUAUGCGUGUUUCUGACAAUGAUCUGCUUACAGCGCUUAUUGCCAAGACGAUGGCACAGGCGCAGAAAAUCUACCCAGACUAUGUUUGGCAGG